AUGUGGGAGAUCCUGUCUUUUGGCCUCAAGCCCUUCCACAACACCUCCAACGCGGAGGCAGUUGCCGCGAUUGGACGAGGCGAACGAUUGGCACGACCGGAUACUUGUCUUGUCAGUCACUACCGUCUAAUGCUGGAAUGCUGGAUGCCUGAUCCUCUCCUACGGCCCACUUUCAACACUCUUCAACCAAAACUCAGGUAA